UAAAGCGUGGAUGAAUAGCAAGCGGAGGAAAAACGGGGACAUGACUGUAAAGAUGUAAAGAUUUCCACUCCAGCGCGUCUCUUUGGAGGGUAUUUCGACGACUAAAACGUUUCGGCGUCUCGGAUCUGCUGUUCGUGAAGCUGUUUUUGUAUUUCGGUGUUGCUUUAAGAGAGAUCCGCUAUAACAGAGAGACAGAGAGAGGGAGAGAGAGAGAGAGAGAGAGAGAAAGGGAUCAGGAUCAGGAUGGGAAGGUUCGGGCUCUCCAACCCAGAGCUCCUGUGAUCAGAGACAUCCAGACUCUACUGAAUUCCUCCGGAGGAUGUCAUCAUCGUCAUAAUCAUCAUCAUCAUCAUCAUCAUCCUCCUGCUCUGCCGUCAUCUGUGACCCUCCUGGUGUGUUUGGACAUGGGGGACCUGAGCCAAUCCUGCCCCUGGAAACAGACCUUCAUUGUCCCUACAAUCAAAUCUUUUGAUCAUUAUGAUUUUAACAAAGCUAAAAUCCGAGCCAGCCUCACAUGGCUGGUGGCCAAAGCCUUUGGCACAGACAGCAUCCCGGACAAACUGAAGGAUCCGUUUUACACAGAUCAAUACGAUCAGGAGCACAUGAAACCGCCGGUGGUCGACCUGCUGCUAUCGGCCGAGCUGUACUGCCGCGCGGGGAGUCUGAUCCUCAAAAGCGAUGCAGCCAAACCACUGCUGGGCCACGAAGCUGUCAUCCAGGCCCUGGCUCAAAAAGGCUUAUACGUGACCGUCCAUGAGAGACUGGUCACCGAGAGAGACUUGUCCAUGAGACCGAUCCAGAUGGGUGCCCACCUGGCGCUGAUUGACACUUUGAUGAUGGUGUAUACGGUGGAGACUGUGAGUAUGGACAAGGUGGUGGCCUGCAUGCAGCAGUACUCUACAGACGGCACCGACGCGGACAUACCCUAUGACACGGAGGAUGGAGUGAUUAGCUGGAUGAAUAAGGUGAACGAAUACCUGAAAGAGAUCAUCAUUCAGGAGCAAAGCAGGAGAGAGGCGCAGAGGGCGGAGCCCCUCGAGAUCCCCAAGUCUCCAACCAAAUGGUAUAUGAAGCUGGUUCCUGCCCGCUAUAGAAAGGAGCAGACGUUGCCUAAAACAGUACCUUGGAUCCCCCCGGUGGACAACCUGCUGAAGGACAGCACAGAUGGCUGCGCGCUCGCCGCACUGCUGCACUUCUACUGCCCUGACCUCGUUAAUCUAGAGGACGUGUGCCUGAAAGAGAGCAUGUCGUUAGCGGACAGCUUGUACAAUCUGCAGCUGGUUCAGGACUUCUGCCGCGAGCACCUUAACCACUGCUGCCACUUCAGUCUGGAGGAUAUGCUCUACGCCUCUUCUUCCAUGAAAAACAACUACCUUGUGUUUAUGGCCGAGCUCUUCUGGUGGUUCGAAGUGGUUAAGCCAUCUUUUGUCCAGCCUCAGGUUUUAGUCAACGAUGCACCAGCUCCAUCACUGAAGAAUGUGCCAUUUGUGCCCAUCUCAAAAGUCACAAAGAGAAGCUUCAUGGAAAGACCUCCCAGUCCAGACAGACCAAGUCUCCCGCUUCGACCACAGCCUAUAACCCCAAACUCAGGUGAGAUCCGACGAUCAACCUCCAUGUCAUUUGUUGACAGCUUUUUGGGGACUUGGCCAAAGGAGAGGAGGUCAGGGACUCAGGGAGUAUCCUUCGACAUCCCAUUUGAUAAGGACAGCACCAGUCAAGCAACUACACAACCCAAACGGGGUAUGACCAGGUCUGUAAGUACUGAGGGAUUUGGGCUCAAAGUAGCCAAGGGAAUGAAACGAAAUCUGUCCUUCCAACCGGUCAAUGGACAAAAUAUCGGUAUUGAGGAAGAGGGCUGUCCGGAUACCCUUGUCGGAAUCCAACACGGUGGUCUAAAUGGCAUGGCACAAAGUAGCAUCGAGGAAGCUCUGGAAAUAAUUCAUAGUUCCGAAAAGCAACAGGAAGACACAAGGGUUGAGCCAGAGAAUGAGGGUUUCUUCCUUCACACGCAGACCAAAGGAGAGACUACCCCCAAAACCGAAGCUGGAGAAGCAGACACUCUGUCAGAAGUCAUGGGGAUUUCAAGUGCUUCAACUACUGAGGUGGACACUGGAAUCCACGUAAAGACAGAAGAUAUCCAAGAGACACUGGAUGACGACUCAUCGCUGAGAGACUGCACAACAAGUAUGGAGUUAGAUGCGGACCAGGACUUUGAGACUAGGGUAAGUUACAGCCAGGACUCUAUUAGUUCAUAUCCCGGCAGUGUUGGUGCCAAGUCUCCGAUAGCUGAUACACCCAUGGGAGUUACCCCAAAAAUGACCAGCUUUGCUGAACAAAAGUUGAAAAAACUCAAUCCAAAUGCAGAGUCCAAAGGAGGCACCUCUCAGGGGACCACACCUGACAGUUCAGAUCUCAACCUUUCCCACUCAGUCUCCUGGGCGCCCUCACCAGAGACAAGCCCUGCCCAUCAGCCCCAAAGGGAUCCGGCGCAAGCCAUGGCCGCUGAAAUGGUGCAGCUGCGUAUGCGUCUGGAAGAAAAGCGCAGAGCCAUAGAAGCUCAGAAGAAAAAGGUGGAAGCUGCCUUCACACGCCACAGACAAAAGAUGGGGCAUAGUGCCUUUCUCACAGUGGUCAAGAGAAAGAAUGAUGGUACCUCACCAAUCCAGGAGAACACCACAAGCCCUGAGGGUACCAAGACAUUGCCUCAUACUGCGAAAUCUCCGGAAAAGUCUCCUGUCAAGUCCCUUAGUGAGGAGAACACUUCUGAGGCAGAAUUGGUAGAGUACACACGUUCUAUUCAAAAGUUAAAUGAUUCUCUGAGCUUUUUGCAAACAGAGAUGCAACGUCUGGCUCAGCAGCAGGAGAUCAUCAUGCAAAUGCGGGAACAGCAGGCCUGGGUUGUGUGUCCACAACAGCCUUCACCGCAGAAACAGGUACGGGAGCUUAGAGGGAGCGGAGCUCGCUCCUCAGGUUCCCCAUCCCCGGCUGACUCCCCACAUGUCACCCAUCGCUCACCUACCAGUAUCAAGAGGAAGUCGGCUUCCUUCCACUCCAAAACCCCACGGACACCCAGGCCUACUGAGCUGAAGAUCACGCCGUUCAACCGAGUUCUCACAGUCCCCCAGUCUGUUGACAGCCUACCUCGUCUGCGCAGAUUCUCACCCUCUCAAUCCGUAUCCAGCUCCUUUGCAUAUCUGGGGAAUGAUUUGAAAGCAAGCAAAAAUAAUAUGCAAGCUGAAACCUUGUGUCCAGAUGGUGCUGCUUCUGAUCUUCUUUCACCCACCAAAGACAUACAACAGCAUGAAACUGAAACAGACAUCGAAGACUUGAGAACUAUAGAGUUAGACGACAGCAUAGAGGAGACCAUCAAGAUGAAGGAUGUAGGAAAAGAAUCAGACGGAGAACUUAAGCCCACAAUGGAAUCAAGUGUUUCAGAGGUGCUGUCACAAGCCGUGAAAGAAACCUUCAUAGUAACUCCUACUGAGAAGCCAGUAGAUUUAGUUAGUCAAAACAACAAAAACUUGAUCGAGGUGCCACUCUCAGUCCUAAAGCCUCUUGAUGGACAAGAGUUGGAAGAGGCAGGAGAGCCCUUGACAGCAGGAGAGAACCAGGAUGAUGACCAGAAGAUGUGCUGUGGAUUCUUCUUUAAGGAUGACCUGAAGGGGGAGGACAGCAUGGCACUGAAGCGAGCUGCCCUGCUGGAGAAGAGGCAAAGGAGGGAACGAGAGAACCAGCAGAGGAAGCAGCAGCUUGAAGCCGAGCUGGAGCAGAAGAAAGAGGAGGCUAGAUUGAAGGCAGAGGAAGAUCGGCAGAAGAAGGAGGAGGAGAAGGCCAGACGCGAGUUCAUCAAGCAGGAGUAUCUGAGGAGAAAGCAGCUCAAACUCAUGGAGGAUAUGGACAUGCUGGUGAAAGCCCGGCCGGCCACGGCUAAGCAAAAGAAACCCCGGCCUAAAUCCAUUCACCGGGAUGUGAUCGAGUCUCCCAGAACUCCUGUUAGGGCGACAGCAGGUUCACGACCUCGUGUCUUUUCAGUGUCCAGUCUCUCCUUGGCCUCCCUCAGUUUGGGAGACAACGACAGCGUCAACUCAGAGAAACGAACCCCCAGUAGGCCUGAUUCGGCUGACAGCUUCCUGUCUCCUUCCCGGUCCGGGAGUCAUAAUGGAGAGAAAGACUGGGAAAAUGCUUCCACCACUUCCUCUGUCACUUCCAUCACUGAGUACACAGGUCCUAAGUUGUACAAAGAGCCCAGCGCCAAGUCGAAUAAGCAUAUCAUUCAGAACGCUUUAGCUCAUUGUUGUCUGGCUGGGAAGGUCAAUGAGGGUCAGAAGAACAAGAUCCUGGAGGAGAUGGAGAAAUCUCAGGCCAACAACUUCCUGAUCCUGUUCCGCGAUUCGGGCUGCCAGUUCCGCGCCGUCUACACGUACUGCCCUGAAACGGAGCAGAUGAACAAGCUGGCUGGCAUCGGGCCCAAGAGCAUCUCGCGGAAGAUGAUCGACGGCCUCUUUAAGUAUAAUUCUGACCGGAAGCAGUUUAGCCAAAUCCCGGCUAAGACCAUGUCCGCCAGCGUAGACGCCAUCACCAUCCACAGCCACUUGUGGCAGACCAAGAAGCCGGCUACACCGAAGAAAGUAGCACCCAACAAGUCUUAAGGUUUCCCUCGAUUGGAGCGGAGAGCUUCUGAUAUCAGCGAUGCUCUCUUCCGGUGUAAAAUAAUACAGUAUAUGCACUGCGCUGAAUUCUGCUUCUUAGUCACCAAACACAACACACUUUAUCUUAAAUAAAAUAUGCACAGCUGGAUUGUAAAACAAUACGGGCUUGUCAGUGGAUCGCACUCUUGUAUUUAUAACCUGAGCAUCUUAUUGCAGGUCAUUUCAAGCAUGUGUGUGUGUGGCAGGGUGGCUGAGUGUGUGUGAGUUUUUUACAUGGCAAGAAAAUGGUAAAUAAAGAAAAAUCAUGUAGUAUGACUGAUAUUUGGUACACUGAAGCACUGAAUGUCUUUUGUCAUUUUCGAGGUGUACAUUAUUCGUGGCCUUGGGUUCGAAUUCUUUGGAUGUUUUAUAGUAUGUAACGAAGUGAAUGAUAAUUACCAUUAAAGUGUUGUUGUUGUUGUUUUUUUAUUAAAGUUUUGGCCAUCUGUGGACAACGCUGUAUGUAUCGAUGUAGUAAUACAUAGAUUAUUUUUCGCUUGCAUUUGUUACUCUUUUUUUCACAGCAGGAUUGUGAAUUUUUACCGUGUUUUUUAAGAUUUAAAGAAUUAGGAUUUAUUCUUCUUAUUAUAAUUAUUCUUAUUAUUAUUAUUCUGCAUUAGUAUAAUCUUACAGGUCAGAGGAAUGUUUUCAAUUCAAAGCCAUGAUAUGUGUAUUUCAGCGUGUCAUCAUUACGUUGCUGAGGUUUUUAAACGCCGGACAUAAUGAUGAUGAUGUCAUUGUAGGUUGUUAAAAUUUAUCUAGCGGAUAUUUAAAAAUGCCAUAACAAAUAGCGUGUCGAUGAUAUUUCUCGUCAGCUUUACAGUUCAAAUGAGUAUAUAAAUAUAAAUAUAUAUAUAUAUGCUGUAUGGACAAGUUUCAUCGUAUUAGUAGUUAUUUUCAUUUGUGAUAGAUGAGAUAUUUCUCUGAUUCUACAGCACUCAUUAUAAUUUCAUGUUUUUAUAAGAAGAAGCAGUAUUGUUGCAUAAUGUAAAAAAAAAAAAAAAAACAUGCCAGACUUCAUCUUUGAAUUGAUAAACAAUGGUUUGAUUGAGGAUUGAGAAAUUAUGCUUUUAUUAAUAACUUAUUUUUAAAUAUUAUUUGGCUUGGGAUUAUGAUGUGUACGGCAUGUAUUUCUGUUAUGAGAAAGCAUGGCCAAUGUUGGAUCUUUGUCGGUGGAAAGUUUACUAGGUUUACUAAAUUUAAUAUUAACAUACACUAGAUUUUUCUUUUUUUUAAUAUAUAAAUAGUUCUGCAUUUUGCCUUCGCAUAAUCAUCAGCACACUCGGAGUAAGUUACUGAAAAAAACAAUGGAAAUUCUUCAGUCUUGAUGUACUGUAUUUGACGGACUACACACACACCCUUUUUCAAGCAGUUGUACUAAAAUUACUUGGCUGUUCCAAGCCAUAAAAGAACUGGCUAUGUAUUUGUAAAUACGCACAGUUUACAUUUUGUACAGUGUGUUCUGAGCUCAUCUGCACAUUUUAAUCAAGCAGUUGUUUUCUCUUUUUUUUAGGCACUACUGUCAUUUGUUAAAUAAAUAGUCCAUCACAUCUGAGUCAUAAUGCAUUGAAUAAAGAAAUUGCGCAUGACCUCAAA